UUUCCCAUCGAAACCGUUGCUAAUGUUACAAGUUUAUUUGUUUAUUCGGAACAAACAACAGAUUUUACAGAGUUUUCAACAGUUCACAUAUUGCUCCCUGUCGUUUGCAAAAAAAGAAUGUCUAAUCGCACGUUCAACCUGCUGUGGACCAGUUCCCAGAAGGCACUGGAAAAGCUUGCGGUCAAUGAUUUCGAGUAUCAGGCUAUCGAAGCACAGCAUGAUCGCACCGAAGUGCAGGGCCAGGUGUUUGAGCUUUACUUGCGGUACAUUGUGGUUUCGAACAAACUGGAGGAAAUCUACGAUCAGAUGGUUCAGCCGCAGAAGCGCAUUCUGAUUCGAAAGCUAUUGGACAAUUGUCUAGGUCGGGUGCUAGAGUUGAAGCACGAUUUAGUGAUCAUUGACAUGAUGGAGUUUAGCUAUAACGAUGGUGUGGUGGAGAAACUUAAUCUAACGCCGCUUCGAAUGGAGAUCAAUGUGCCAAGAUAUUUUCGGAGAGAUAGAGAGGAUAUGCUAAAUGAAAGGCGAAAGUUCAUGGAUGAUAUAUUAAGACGAAUAGGAGCCUUAGACGAGGAAGUCGUGGAGGAGGAACUAUCGGAGCUGGAUGCCAUAAAGAUAAUUCAAACCCACGAGCGUGCUCGACAAGGCCGAUUGCGGGCUCAGUUUAUGAAAGAGUUAAAAUUGUUAAAGGAGAAAGGUAAGCCGGACAGUAGCCGAGAUAAAUCUACGACUGGGUUGCAUGCAGCAAUGAAGAUUCAAAAGGUUUGGCGAGGUUAUGCGACACGGAGACAAACUAGAAGGAGAAAGAUGGAGGAAAUGAUCCUGAUCGGAAUGAUCCCACCCCAUGUCACGACGACGCGAACAGCGGUCGAUGAAUUGGAGGAAGCUAAAUUGGCACGAUAUGUUCAACAGAAAGAGUUCCAAGAGGAGUACGAAAAAUCGCUAGUUCGCGUCAAGGACGAAAUUUACUCUAAACAGGGAGCGGCUAUGAAGGAGGACAUCGCCGAUGAAAUUCGCACUUGGUUUAAAGAGUAUCAGAAGCGGACCGGACGCUUACCCGAUUUUCCUUCGGAGGAAGCCGGUGGAUCCCGCCAUUUGCUGAGUCGGCAGGCCACAGAAAGCGAGAUGAGCCGGUCUUCCGUGAUGUCCUCGCGAGAGAGUAAAUUAAAGUCCGCCAAAGACGCAAAAAUGCAGCAAAAAAAGCCUGGGGAGGUUUCGCUUGAGGAAGGAUUGGAUAAGGCAUUUAAACCGAUGCAAUCCUCAUUUCUUCCAGAGAUAAAAAACGCUAUCGAUGAGUAUACUGAGAUCUGGAAAGGCAAGGAUGAGUCGCAUAAUCUACGACAGACCUAUUAUGACGAUAUGAUCUACGAGGAAAAAUAUGCGGAUGUGGAGACUGAGCUGCGAAGGAUUGUGGAUGAUAUUAUGCGGCAGGAGUUGGAUCUCCUGCAGAUUGCACUGGAUAGAGAUCGAGCCCAGAAGGGAAAGAAAACCAAGAAGGGCAGUAAGAAGGCUCGUCGAAGUGGCAAAAAGGGCAAGAAGAAACGUGAGAAAGAUUUGACCCCGGAUCGCACGACUGAGUCGCUGUUUGAGGAGCUGCUUACGAACGGUAUAAUCAAAAAGUUUCCAGAAACUCCUAUAAACUCCUUCGUGGGGGAUUUGAGCUACGCCGCUAGGAGUGCGCUGAAUCCCUCCCCGGGAGAUGUUCGUCAUCUCAUCAAACAGUACUGCAUCCUUCCACUGGGUUCUGAGACUAUCCGUAAUUUCGGCCCGUGCAUUAAGUCACUACUUAUAGCCGGUCCGAAGGGUUCGGGAAAAACAUCUCUAGUUCAUGCAAUCUGCACGGAGACCGGGUCGGUUUUGUUCGACAUAAGUCCAGCCAACAUCGUCGGUAAGUACCCGGGAAAAUCCGGACUUAUCAUGCUGAUGCAUCUGAUAACGAAAGUUUCACGUUUACUGCAACCGUCGGUAAUCUAUUUUGGUGAUGCUGAGAAACCCUUUAUCAAAAAAGUUCCAAAAACUGAUCGAACGGAUCCAAAGCGUUUGAAGAAGGAUUUACCGAAGCUGGUGAAAAAUAUCAAUCCGGAAGAUCGCAUCAUGCUGAUUGGCACGUCUAACUGCCCCUGGGAGGCGGACAUGAAACUAAUGGUGCAAACUUAUCAACGCUUCAUAUAUAUUCCUCGGCCAGAUUACGGUGCGCUUUCCUUCGCCUGGAAGGAACUCUUGAGCCACUACAGUGGCGUUCCACGGCAGUUUGAUACGGGCGCUAUGGCAAAGAUUUCCGACGGCUACACCGUCGGUUCAGUCGUGAAGUGUAUCCGGGAGGUAAUUACCUGCAAGCGUAUGCUACAGCUGCGAACUCAGCCGCUAACUCAUCUGGAACUGAUCAACGCCCUAAGCGCACUUGAACCUGUCUACAAGGAGGAAGAGGAAGCCUUCAUGUACUGGUGGUGUAAAACACCGUUGGGCCGGCGUCGUUCGAAGCAAAUGGAGAUGGAACACGAAGCUAGGAUGGAGAUCGAGAACGUUAACAAGCAGAAAAAGAAAUGAAGAAAUGUUUACUCAAUUUUACUGAUUAGUUGUUUUUCUCGUGUGUGCAGCCUUUCAAUAAAGUUUCUUGAUUAGAUUGUGUAGCUAUACUUUUCACCAAUUUCACCAAUUUUAAGCUUCUGUUGUUUAGGUUUAGUGCAGUGCGCUAGGUAGUAAUAUAAUGUUGCAUUCA